AUGUCCACGACGCAGUAUCUUGUCGGCGGCGUGGUCUUCGCCUCGGCCACCCUCCUUGCCAUUGCCUACCGCGACUACAGUGCCUACUGCGCCCUCGGCGACCACGGCUUACCUGGCAACUUCAGUGGCUGGUGCACCCAGCUCAGGUUCACUCGCAACAGCCGCAAGGACACCACCGUGCCCGCGCCCUACGAUCUCGCCACCGCGGCGGCCGCCGCCGGCCCUCACUCCGCCGAGGCCUUCCUUCCGGCCCACCUCCCGGCCCGCGACGGCGCCCGGCCCAAGAUCCCGGGCUUCACCGCGCCCCAGCGCCAGGUCACCGACAUGGCCUCGGCCGCUAUGAAGGAGCGCAUGUACGGCUACCUAGAGGCCCUGACCCGGGCCAACCCCGCGCUGCUGCAGUACGAGCUGUCCACCCUCGAGGGCCCCGUGCCCGCCCUCCAGCUGCACAGGGACCAGACCCGGCCCAAGCACCUGCAGCGCACGCGCGGCGAAAUGGCACACAUUCACCCCCCAGACGGCAGCACGCACCUCUCCCUCUCGCUGGCCGACUCGCGCCGUAUCAUCGAAACGGCCUGGGGCCAGAGACACCGACUCAGCGGCACCAUGCUCGGCUGGGGCUAUACAUUGGUCUAUGCUCCCCGGAACGAGAACGAGUUCCAGCAAUGGAAAGACUUUGUGGCAGCCGCUGCCAAGUAUGCCUGCGCAGAUAUUGGAAAAGUUCAACUCGUAGUAUAA